UGAUAACUAUGAUCCAUAUCCGAUUUCGGAUUUCCUGAUAUGAUUAGGGGUUGGGAAAGAACGAAGUUCAUUCAAUUUAGCUAGUCUUUUCUGAAACGUAACUGUUUCAUAUGAUUUGGGCAUUUAGAGUACGGUGUAACUCAAGUAUUACGAUUCAGUAAACGUACAAAGGCAAAGCGCUGUUUUUAUUUGUGAAAAGAAGCGGCUAGGUUAGCCAGCUAGAUUUAGCUAAAGCCUUUAGCCUGCACUGUUGAAAUGUCUGCCUCGGCCGGUGUCUCUCCGUCAGCCCAGGGCACUGCCCUGGUCAGUCCAGGCACGGGGAUGUCCAUGUUUCGGUGGCUUGAGGUUCUUGAGAAGGAGUUUGACAAGGCGUUUGUUGACGUCGAUUUACUACUGGGAGAAAUCGAUCCAGAUCAAGCUGACAUCACCUACGAGGGUCGUCAAAAGAUGACAAGUCUCAGCUCCUGUUUUGCUCAGCUUUGCCACAAAGCCCAGACGAUUUUUCAACUUAAUCACAAAGUCGAGGCUCAGCUGGUUGGCCUGCGAUCGGAGCUGACUGACGUGCAGGCAGAGAAGGUGGUGGUGGAGAGGGAGGUCCACGACCAGCUCCUCCAGCUCCAUGCCAUGCAGCUGCAGCUUCACGCCAAGGCUGGACAGACCGUGGACUCGGACUCCAUCAAAGACAGGAUGCCUGUUCCCUCAGUGGAGGAGAUGGAGAGGGAGCUGCAGGCCAACAAGAAGGAGAAGGUGAAGGAAGUGAAGUUGGAGGCAGAGGUCAAGCUGCAUAAGAAGGAGAAUGAGGCCCUCCGCAGGCACAUCGCCGUACUGCAGGCUGAGGUCUACGGGGCCAGACUGGCAGCCAAGUACCUGGACAAAGAGCUGGCUGGAAGAGUUCAGCAGAUCCAGUUACUGGGUCGGGACAUGAAGGGGCCCGCUCAUGACAAACUAUGGAACCAGCUGGAGGCUGAGAUCCACCUCCACCGCCACAAGACAGUCAUCCGAGCCUGCAGGGGGCGCAACGAUCCCAAGAAACCCCUACCGUCUCCAGUAGGGCAUGAAACCGAUGUACUGAAGAAGACCCAAGGAGUUGGUCCUAUUCGUAAAGUAGUGCUGGCCAAAGAAGAUCACGAGGGACUUGGAAUUUCAAUCACGGGUGGUAAGGAACACGGGGUGCCCAUCCUGAUCUCAGAGAUCCAUCCUACCCAGCCUGCGGAGCGCUGUGGGGGGCUCCAUGUGGGCGAUGCCAUCCUGGCUGUCAACAGCAUCAACCUGAGGGACGCCAAACACAAGGAAGCCGUCACCAUCCUCUCACAACAGAGGGGAGAGAUAGAGUUUGAGGUUGUGUACGUAGCCCCGGAGGUGGACUCUGACGAUGAGAACGUGGAGUAUGAGGAUGACGGCGGCCAUCGCUACCGGCUCUACCUAGAUGAGCUGGAGGAGGGGUCAGCCGCCAGCAGGUACAACGGCACCGCAGACGCCGCAUCGCUACAAGCUCUGGAGAAGAUGUCAGUGAGUGACAGCCCGGAGAACGGAGACACCGGGAUCUCCAGUGAGACACCAUCAGAGGAGACCCUGUCUAAGGCUGCUGAGUCCGGAGAGAGCUCGUCAUAGAGGGAGGGAGGGAUGGGGGGGAGCUGAAAGACUGAAGUGCAUGUGUGUUUGUGUACUAUACUGUAUGAGAUUUGAGAGACUGGACUGCACUAGAGUCCCCCGGAGGAUAUAUGUGGGGAUAGAGUUGACUCAUCAUUAAGUUGUUAUGGAAACGCACUCGGAGCUCUGUUGAAUUCACGUCACUAUCUUCGUGCAGUGGUGAGGAGCCAAUGAGAUGAGACCCGAUAUUGAGGAGAGGAUGUGGGUCUAGUUUGGAGAAGAUAGUAGAAUCGAUGGAUGGUAUAUCCCUCAACUGAGUGGUAUAUUUCUCUGUUUGUGUAUAGUUACUGAUCCUUUUUGCCCCCACACUGACUACACUACCUUACUGGGACUGCCGUGCUGGUAAUGAAUACUAUUUUACAAGGCCGAGAAAGAUCUUCUCCCUUCAUAAAUGUUGGCUUUUAUUUUUAUCUUCCACAUGUAGCUACUGUAGAUGAGGGUUUUUCUCUCAACUUGAAUGUUCAUCUUCUACCACUGAUUAUGAUAUCGAUGUUGAAUCCCACGUCAAACCUGCACCGCUCUAAGAUCCACCUACCAGUAGGCCUAGUCCUUUGUUCAGAAUAUGAGAGAGCUACAUUCACCUACUUUAUGUCAAAACAGAAUGUACAGGGAAAGAAUUCUAACUAUAUCAACUUUGAGGGUGUUCCAUCUGUGUUUGAUUAAUGGUAUCACAGAAUGUCACCAUAGUUCAGUGUUUAAAUGCUGGAUACAUCUGUUUUUUAGUCCUCUGAGGACUCAUUACACAAUGUUUUUCUUUAAUGACCCAGUGCACCAGUUAAAAAAUCUCAAUAUAAAAUCAUUUCUGAGUAGCAAUUAGGUACCUUACUGUGAUUUAUUGUCAAUUAAAAUGGUUAAAUAGAAGCAAAUUGCUCCUUAGCAAGAGCAGUUUCUCAAGCAAGAUUUUUGCUAGAACUGUCUGAGUGGUUUGAGUGAGGAGGGGAAAACUAGCUGUUAUUGGCAGAGAAGUUUGGAACUCUCUCUUAUUGGUCUAUUAACAAAUUUACCACCUGGUGAUGUCACCAGGCAGGCAAAAACUCCAUCACACCAAAACUGCCUGAAAUGUCAGGUGAUCUUUUCAAACAGGUCUUAUACUAAAAGGGCAUUAUCAUAGUUAAUGGUGUUUAACUGACCAGUGUUUGCAAAGUUGGGCUAUAUCUUCAACAUUACACCGACAAUGAUAUGAUUAGUGUGUGUAUAAAGCACUGAAAAUUGAGUCGCCUGUAAGAGGAAGUGAGCGGUCAGGGGGACAACUCAAAAGGACAGAAUAGGGAGACACUGGAUUGGAGGGCCAAAUCUUGUCUUUUCAGUUAUUGUCACGUUGACAGAAAUUAGAAGUGCAAUGUCUUUAUUUUUCCCCUCAAACUCAACUAGGAUUUCUCCUUUGUUCUAGUCCCUUUUAACAAAGUACAUAUCUUGCCUUUUGUAUGCAUCUCCCAAAAGUCCAUCGCUGGUUGGUUUUCCCACCCUUCUCUACUGCUGGUGUGCUGUGGUCUUGUGGUAUCAGUGGCAGUCAAGCUGUGUCUUCAGACUCGUUCGGACCCAGAGAUGACUGACAACAGUGUGUCUGCUGCACUGUGUUCUGAUAUCAUUUUAAAAUGUAUUUAUUUCACCUUUAUUUAACCAGGUAGGCCAGUUGAGAACAAGUUCUCAUUUACAACUGCGACCGUGCCAAGAUAAAGCAAAGCAGUGUGACAAAAACAACAGUUACACAUAAACAAACGUACAGUCAAUAACACAAUAGAAAAAAAUCUAUGUACAGUCUGUCAUAGGUUGGUAACCUUAUCUGAGUGAUGGGGGUUUGUUUUCCAUCUUUAUUCAAUUCAUUUUACACAACCAAAAGGUUUCUGUAUAUUUAUAUUCUGUAUAUGCAAAGGUUAAUAGCAAUAGAAUGUUUUUAUGCACGAUCCAUUUAUUCAAAUUCACAAACUAUCAUCUUAGACUAUAGAAAUAAAUCUGUAUAUGCUAUAUUAAUGUAUUAGCUAUUUUAAAAUAAGAAAUCGGUGCAUUUCUGUAGAUAAUAUUGGAAUUUAGCUACUGUAGUAGCAUCUCUACUUAAUACAAAUGUACCCCAAUGGAGUGAUUGUGGGGGGGUCAUGACAAUCUGCAGCCUUGUGUACUAAUGUUGAUUUCAUUCAUGGCCAUUUCUUAUCAGUGAGGCUAAACUGCAGGUCCGGUUUUGGAUGUAAAUUGCGCUUUGAUCUAACGCAAAUGCUCUGCAUGAAGGAUGUGUCCAAGCCAUGGACAGUUCCCUGCUUAACGUUAGUGAAAUGACAGAGCGGCACUAGAGACCGAGGCGUCAUCCCAACACUGGCGCUGCAUGUCAUGCCAUGAAGAAUGUUCAUCUUUCCGCUUGUUGCCAGUGAUUUCGCCUAAAGGAACAAAGGCUCCCUUUUUGUACACAGUUUUUUACCCGACCUUGUUUUCUUAAUGUAAUUUUAUUUUAAAAGGGGUCUCUGAAAUAUCUGUACGUAAUGUAUAACAACGUUAAAUAAACAAAUGUAUUUGCCCAA